AUGACAACGCAAUCACAUGUGAAAAUCCUGUUUUUCUAUACUGAUAUCUCUCUCUUCUUCUCCUUCUUUUUUUUUUUUUUGUUUCUCUUCUCUCCUAUAAUCUAUCUCUCCUUCAUCUUCAGCUUCAGCUUCAUGCCCCACGCAGAAUCGAAAAUGGGUGAACCCACCGUUAACGGCGAGACGCACCACUCUCAAUUCCUCGAUCACUUGAUCUCUUACCCCCUCAUCUCAGACUCCAUCUCCUACUACAAGGGCAAUCCCUACGGAGCCAAGUCCCUCGAAUUCGCCGACCAAGGCUACACCCGCCUCGCCAAGCCCGUCCUGCCCUACUUCUCCACGCCCUUCAGCUAUGUAGCCCCCUACCUGGCCCGCGCCGACUCCCUCGGUGACAAGGGUCUCACCGAGAUUGACACCCGCUUCCCCAUCCUCAAGGAAGAGACCCAGAAGCUGCGCGGCUCUCUCUACAACCGCGCCUCGCUGCCCGUCCGUCUGGCUGGCGAUGCCAAGGGGCACGUCUACGACAUCUAUGGCUCGGAAUACAAGAAGUGUGGGGGCGAUGGUGUCCUCGCUUCCGGAAAGGCAGUUGUCACUACUAGUCUGGUGCUGUCGCAGGAGUCGUUGGCUUGGAUUAGCACUUUCUUGCAGACUAAGAAGGAAGAGGUGAAGGAGGUUGUCAAUGAGAAGAACAGCCACUGA